UUCCCUGCUGGACGCAUCCCACGGGGAGAAGCUUUUCCACUGGGAUUCACCCCUGGGCGGCGCCCACAGGGGUCUCCAAGGAGGAAAACCCAGGGAAGCUCCCACGACCCCACGUUCCCCAGGGUUUGGGGGCUGCCACCUCCUCCUGGAGCUCCUGUGCCCCACCUUCUCCGCGCUCUGGCUGUUGCUCCAGGCUGGAUCAGAGCCCAGCUAAAUUUAGAAGGAUCGAUUUCACCCCCUGCCUCUGCCCCGCGGGGGAAAGGACAGAGCAAAGGUGGCCGGGGACGAGGAGCCACGGGGGGCUCCCUUCUCUGUCCCCGGGACUUGUGGCACCCCGGACUGAUCCAGCUGCAGGGCCAUGGAGGAGCCCAGGGGGGCUGGAAUUUUCCGGGGUCACACCACGGCUCUCUGUGGCUGUCGCUUGGGGCAGAGCUUGUGACAAGGACGCCCGGUGUCCCGCAGGGAAGGAGCUCCCUGAGGAGGCUGAUACAGGGGAGCUGCCGAAUGAAGCCGGGAGCUGCUGGUGGGUGAGGGACCCCCCGAGCUCUGCAUGGAUGGGAAUGGGGAGAGCUGCCCACAGUAGGAGCCCGAGGCAGCUGGAAAACUCCGGCCUUUUCCUCCGAGCUUUCCUGCUCCUCUUCCUCUGCAGGCAUGUCUCUUCCCAGUGCAAGAUCCUCCGCUGCAACUCGGAGUACGUGGCGGCCACGCUGCACCUGCGCGGCCCCGAGCGCGGCGCCGCCUUCUGCACCGCGCUGCGCUCCUACUCGCUGUGCACGCGGCGCACCGCCCGCACCUGCCGCGGCGACCUGGCCUUCCACUCCGCCGUGCACGGCAUCGAGGACCUCAUGAUCCAGCACAACUGCUCCAAGGAAGGGCCCACGGCCCCGCCGCGGCCCCGGCCCGCGGCGCCCGACGCGCACGGCUUCGAGUCGCUCGACGUCUGCGAUUACGAGAGGAGUUUCCUCUACAAGCACGGCCGGCCCCCCGGUUUCCAGCACUGCGCUGCUUUCGGGGACCCCCACAUCCGAACUUUUCACGAUGACUUCCACACGUGCCGGGUGGAGGGCUCCUGGCCGCUCCUGGACAAUGACUACCUGUUUGUGCAAGCCACCAGCUCGCCGGUGGCCAAGGGGUCCAACGCGACGGUUACCAGCAAGCUGACCAUCAUCUUCAAGAACAUGAAGGAAUGCAUUGACCAGAAGGUCUACCAGGCCGAGCUGGACAACGUCCCGGCAGCCUUCCAGGACGGCUCCGUCAACGGCGGCGCGCGUCCCGGCGGGAGCAGCUUGGCCAUCUGGGAGCGCAGCCCCGGCCGGCACGUGGAGAUCCGCGCCGCCUACAUCGGCACCACCAUCGCCGUGCGCCAGGCCGGCCGCCAGCUCUCCUUCUCCAUCCGCGCCGCCGAGGAGGUGGCCGGGGCCUUCACGGAGGAGCAGGACCUGCAGCUGUGCGUGGGCGGCUGCCCCCGCAGCCAGCGCAUGUCCCGCAGCCCCCGCGGGCGCGGCCGCGUCCCCGCGGAGACGGCGCGGGCGCUCUGCCGGGAGAUGCUGCCCGUGGAGGACGUCUACUUCCAGUCGUGCGUCUUCGACGUGGUCACCUCGGGGGACGCCAACUUCACCAUGGCGGCGCGCGGGGCGCUGGAGGACGCCCGGCUCUUCCUGCCUGAUGCUGAGAAGCUCCACAUCUUCCAAGCUGGAGGAGGCUGCCAGCUCAGCUCCCCAUCGUUCCUCCUCCUCCUCUUCCUCCUCCCCUGUGGACUUUGGGCUGUUUUGUUGCACUUUUAA